AUGGAGGUAGGUAGAUUAACAAUGAAAGUUGUCCUACCUUUUGUUUCUUGGGUAGAAUAUAGGACCACAUCAGUAAAUAAUUCAGAACAAAUUUCAGAUGUCUUUGAUGCACCGUUACAUAUAGAAAAGUAUACAAAUGUGUCAUAUACUAUUGAUAAUUUACACCUGUGAACCAUGUGACCACGUUUAGCUACACCUAUUGUGUACCUAAUGGCUCUAGGGGGAGCUAAGGAUGGCAAUUUGUUAAAAGCAUUUAUGGCCGGUUUCCCGGACCCAGAUUAAGACUAGUCGUGGAUUUAAGCCUAGUCUUCCUUACUCAUUCUUAGUGGAGAAUCUGUAUUAAAUUAGCCUUUUAGUCCAGGACUGGGCUUAAUCUCUGUCCGAGAAACCAACCACUGUUUUGCUCCAUUCAGUGGAACUACCUCUGUUUGCACCCUUAGUUAACAGAAUUUAGAUAAUAUAAAUAAUAUAUGUAUAAUAUGCCAUUUAGCAGACGCUUUUAUCCAAAGCGACUUACAGUCAUGCGUGCAUAAUUUUUUUUUUGUGUAUGGGUAGUCCCGGGGAUCGAACCCACUACCUUGGCGUUACAAGCGCCGUGCUCUACCAGCUGAGCUACAGAGGACCACGAUGGCAUACACACUGUCAAUAUAACAGGCCAUAUUAUUACCCAUAUAUUAUUAGUUAUAUGGUGACUUAGGCUACUCUUCCUGCAUUUAGCCUACUUCCUUUCUUGUUUACAUACUUUGUACAGUAUGCAGAUUGAUUGAUCACAAGUUACUUCAGUUCUGUAGGGAAUAUAAAGCGCCGUGGUGGUGGCAUCAUUCUGUCUCAUGUCUAAUGUCUCUGAGUCAUUCUCUCUCUCUCCCCCUCGCCGACUUAUGUCUGCAGGGAGCCUGUGCUGUGUGGUUGACCACUGGAAUGUCUUGUUGACUGAACUCUUGUCUCAUUGGAUAUCAGGUCAGAUUCCAACCCCAUUCAGUCACAUACACACACACUUUCCGACAACCUCUUCCGCUCUGGAAUGCAGAGGUGACCUCAGCUAAUGAGGUCUAGUGCACUAGAAGGUGAAAGACCGUGGGAGGUGGACCUCCAUUUUGGAGAGCACGGUGACAGAGGGGAUUGGAGGGGACAGUGUCUUACUGUAGAAGGAAAAUGUAGUCAUACGUACCUAUUUUUCUGUCUGUCAACCAGACCAUGGCACAGGGCAGUGGGGUCCAGUAUGAGCCAGUGGCAGAGAUUGGAGGGGGUGCGUACGGAACGGUGUACAAGGCUCGGGACCUGGAGAGUGGCCAGUUUGUUGCUCUGAAGAGCGUUCGCGUCCAGACGGACCAAGAUGGCCUCCCCAUCUCCACGGUCCGAGAAGUGGCCUUGCUGAAGCGACUGGAGCAGUUUGACCAUCCCAACGUGGUCAAGUAAGAACACAUUUAUUACAUUUUUUGUACGAUUUUAUCUUUUAUAAACAAUCCAAACGACAACAUAAUACAAACAUCAAAUGCAUCAUGCCUACCCAGACCAACUAGCACACACCCCCAUCUCCAGCGCCCGCAUCACUUUCCGCCACACGGCCUGAAACUGCACCAUUUUGUUUCUCCGUAGCCCACACACUCUCAGUAUUUAAAUAAUAAAUCAUUGGAUUUUUCCAUUGUGUUAAUGAUGGCAGAUUGAAUGAUUUCCACGUUUUUAGUAUACGUUUUUUCAAGAUGAGUGAUGAGAAGAGAAUCGUCCAACCCAUCGGGUAUCUCACUACACCCCCAUAUGCCAUGUCUUGAAAUAUGCAGACAGGCGGAUUAAAAGUAUGUUUACAUUGUAAUACUUCUGACAGCCAACUUUCUAGCUCUGCCCACAACUUCCGGACUUCAUAGCUUUCCAGAAAGCAUGGAUUAUUGAGUCAUUAUUAGUUUUACACUUAAGACAUGACUCUGCUGUUGUGCUGUAGAAUGUGAAUUUUGUCUCUUGUAUAAUACAUUCUAUACAUUAGUUUAUACUGGAUUAAGCGUACAUUUUCAUUAACUGUGAUUGUUAGUUAUGCUCCAACUUAACAUCCAUCUUGUGACAACUUCAGUUCUCAAGUCUUGGUUCCAAUAGUUUAUAUUUUUUUCUAAGAGAUUGUCAGUUGGAUAUGCUCUCUGCAAGGUUUUGUAUAUUUUCCCUAUCAUAUGAACAUCCUUUUCUGACUCAAAUAAGAUUCACUCAAGGUUGCUCAGAUGUCCAAAAGAUAAAGAAUUGUGAUAUGUAACUUUUAAGUUGCAUAUAUUUGAAACUAUCUACAUUGGUCAGUCCAAAAUUACUUUUGGAAAUAAAUGUAUUUCCUGUUACCAAGUCAUUUACAGUUUCUAUGACUUUAGUUUUCCAUGUGGACCACUUAUCUGUGAAUUCUGAAAAGCUAUCCAAUGAUUUUUCCAUAAGGUUGUGGUUUUAGGAAGUGAUAUUGGUUAGUGUAGAAUACAUUUCAUUUUCUUCCAUAUUGUUAUAGUAGUGUUCUUAACUAUGUUAACUAAGUUGUUAAUGUUCUUAGCUUUAUCCUUUGAAAAUAGACACGUAAAAAUAUUCUGGGGAUGAGCAUGCGCAUCUUCAAUAUGUACCCAUUGUUCCUCUUUAGUGCAUUUAACUAUAUGUCGCAAGUCUUGGGUUGUGUGUUGAUACAAUUCCAAGUCAGGAAAGUUAAAAUCACCCUCAGACUUAGGAAGAUUUAAGACGUUAGUUUUUAUUCUAUACGUUUUCUUUGUCCAUAUAAAGUCUUAUGACCAAGUGUACUUUUUUAAAGAAUGUCUUCAGUGGGGUAAUUGUUAUUACCGAAAAUAAAUACAAAAACUUUGGCAGUCAUGCCAUUCUAAAGAGGUUUUAAGAACACAUUUAUUCAUUGAACCUUUAUUUAUAGUGAUAGUUCAUAGAUUGUCAGAUGUUCUCCAGCCAGAAAAGAGGUCUAGUUUUGAGAUUAGUUCACGUCCCACGCCAUCUUUUGUGUAGAUCUAGGAUUAACUGACAAAACCGCAUACUCUCACUUUCAACCAGAAAAUUGUAGCGGUAAAAGGGGAAUGAAUGGAAUAACGGAAGCAACACACCCAUUCACGUUCAUUGUUUCCACUUCACACAUAAUAGCACCUUUUGAAAUGCAUAAAUAUGCACACACUCGAACAAACACAUUCACACAGUCACAAAUGCUUUAAUUCACACAUUGUGGUGUUUUUGUUGCGACUUGUAGCCUGUGACUUUAGUUUUGACCUGAUCACCUGUAUCUUGUGCAACCCUACGCCCACAUAGCAUAAUAACUCUGUGGAAUGCCUAAAAACUGACUGGUAUGUCUAUGAUAAGCAGGUUCUAUAAAGGUUAUUAGCUAGCGACUGGCUCACCAUGGCAUGCCCCGCCUCUCAUUCAAAUUAUGGCGAUUGACCAUGAGCUUGUCUGUGUAUUAAGAGAUCCCACACAUCAGUGUUUCCCCUGUAUUAACUUAGCAGCGGCGCCUCUACAUUUACAUUUUAGUCAUUUAGCAGAUGCUCUUUUCCAGAGCGACUUAGUGAGUGCAUACAUUAUUUUUUUUAUUUUUUUCAUACUGGCCCCCCGUGGGAAUCGAACCCACAACCCUGGCGUUGCAAACACCAUGCUCUACCAACUGAGCUACAUCCCUGCCAGCCAUUCCCUCCCCUACCCUGGACGACGCUGGGCCAAUUGUGCACCGCCCCAUGGGUCUAUUCAGUGUUGUUGUGGACGAGCACUAGUUUAAAAGUUGGGAAUGUGCGAGAUCCAUCAAAUCAAACCGGCUCCUUGGGAGCGGAGCACCCUCACUGGAUUGUAUGGAAUGAGCAUGUCUGUCAGAUAAGAGGGGGCAAGGCUAUGCAGUGCUUUAAAAGUUAAGAGUAAGAUCUUAAAAUCAGACUGAUACUUUACAGGCAGCCAGUGUAGUGCUGAUAAAACUGGAGUGAUGUGCUUGUGCCUUCUUGUGUUGGUUAAAAUGCGAGCUGCAGUGUUCUGUACAAGUUGUAGGCUUUUAAUAGUGGAGUCUGAGCAGCUGGAGAUUAAACAAAUGCAUGGACCAAUUUUUUUGCAUCUGUUUGAGAGAUUAAGUGUCUAAUUAUGGAAAUGUUUUGUUUUGGAUAUGCUUUUUAUGUAGUUGUCAAAAGUGAGGCUGGGGUCAAAGGUGACAGUAAGAUUUAACAACCAUGUUUGGUGUAAUGAGGCAACCAUCAAUGUUGAGGGUGAGGUCUGACACUGAGUUUCUUGUGGCCAAGUGCCAUCAUUUCUGUCUUUUCAGAGUUUAAAAGCAAGAAGUUGGUUGUCAUAAUUAUAAUUAGAAAAACUUUAUUGUCCACGCAAUGUGGAAAUUUGUCUUUGGCUUCACCACAUAAAAACAGACAUAAAACGCCAUCGUGAGAAAAUAAUUCUCGAUCAUUAAAUAAACUGUACAAGUACAAAAGCGCUACAGUGCCAGUGUACUGUAACUGUAUUUAACAUCUGUGAUGCACACCUCAAGGCGGGAUGACUUUUAAAAGUAUUGUCUGGUUUAAAAGAGAAAUACAAUUGGGUGUCAUCAGCAUUGCAAUGAAAGUGCAUGUCAUUACCAAGGGGUAGCAUGUGUGAAGAAAAUAAGGGGUCCAAGCACAGAACCUUGAGGAAUGCCAAAUUCAACCAUGGAAAGUUCAGAUGAAUUAUCACACACACUCUGUAUGUGUAAACUGGGCUCAUGGACGUGUCUGUGUGUUAUGUGUUUGACUGUAUGUGUACGCUAGGCUCAUUUGUGUGUGUGCGUGUACAUCAGGCUCAUGGACGUGUGUGCCACUCUGAGGACGGAUCAGGAGACUAAAGUCACCCUGGUGUUUGAGCACGUGGACCAGGACCUGAAGACCUACCUAGAGAAGGCCCCCGCCCCAGGACUGCCCUCCAACCGCAUCAGAGUAAGAAGCCCCCUCGGGUUCCUGUAAACCAUGUUAAAUAAACAUAUUAGGUCCCUGUAAACCAUGUUAAAAGGAUAGUACAUCCUAAACAAAUUUUAAAUAAUAUUCUACUUACCUUUGCUGUGUCACUUGACUGGCCCCUGCCCUCUCUAUAUGGCUGGAUAUGUUGGACCGUUGUGUGGACCGAGCCUGGUGCACAUGUUAAAUGUGUCCCCCUGUGUGUGUUAGGACCUGAUGCGUCAGUUGCUGUGCGGCCUGUCAUUCCUCCACUCGAACCGUGUGGUGCACCGGGACCUGAAGCCAGAGAACAUCCUGGUCACCAGCCGUGGUCAGGUGAAGCUGGCCGACUUUGGACUGGCCAGGAUCUACAGCUGCCACAUGGCCCUCACCCCUGUGGUAGGAACACACACACACACUGGUGGAGAAUGGAAAGGGUCUCUGUGCAUUCACCAUAAUGCUUACUUAUGCUUUAGUUGGCAUAAAUAUUCAUACACAUUCAUACCUCUCUCCUACUCCCAACUGCCCCUCCAUUGAUGUCUCUCUCCUCCAUGUCUGCCCUAGGUGGUGACUCUGUGGUACAGGCCUCCUGAGGUCCUGCUCCAGUCCACCUACGCCACGCCUGUGGACAUCUGGAGCACGGGCUGCAUCUUCGCUGAGAUGUUCCGACGCAAGUGAGUGGUCAGGGCCAGAGAAGGCUUAUUUGACAUACUGGGACAAUUAUUUUAAAUACUUUUUUCUCUCUGUAUGUUUUAUAUAUAUAUAUAUAUACUACCAGUCAAAAGAAAUAACACAUAUGGAAUCAUGUAGUAACCAAAAAAGUGUUAAACAAAUUAAAAUAUAUUUUAUAUUUGAGAUUCUUCAAAUAGCCACCCUUUGCCUUGAUGACAGCUUUGAACACUCUUGGCAUUCUCUCAACCAGCUUCAUGAGGUAGUCACCUGGAAUGCAUUUCAAUUAACAGGUGUGCCUUCUUAAAAGUUAAUUUGUGGAAUUUAUUUCCUUCUUAAUACGUUUGAGCCAAUCAGUUGUGUUGUGACAAGGUAUACAGAAGAUAGCCCUAUUUGGUAAAAGACCAAGUCCAUAUUAUGGCAAGAACAGUCCAUCAUUACUUUAAGACAUGAAGGUCAGUCAAUCCGGAAUAUUUCAAGAACUUUGAAAGUUCCUUCACGUGCAGUCGCAAAAACCAUCAAGCGCUAUGAUGAAACUGGCUCUCAUGAGGACCGCCACAGGAAUGGAAGAACCAGUUACCUCUGCUGCAGAGGAUAAGUUCAUUAGAGUUACCAGCCUCAGAAAUUGCAGCACAAAUAAAUGCUUCAGAGUUGAAGUCAGACACAUCUCAACAUCUGUUCAGAGGGGACUGUGUGAAUCAGGCCUUCAUGGUCGAAUUGCUGCAAAGAAACCACUACUAAAGGACCUGCUUGGGCCAAGAAAUACAAGCAAUGGACAUUAGACUGGUGGAAAUUUGUCCUUUGAAUUGGAGUCCAAAUUGGAGAUUUUUGGUUCCAACCGCCGUGUCUUUGUGAGUCGCGGUGUGGGUGAACGGAUGAUCUCUGCAUGUGUCGUUCUCACCGUAAAGCAUGGAGGAGGUGGUGUUAUGGUGUGGGGGUGCUUUGCUGGUGACACUGUCUGUGAUUUAUUUAGAAUUCAAGGGACACUUAACCAGCAUGGUUACCACAGCAUUCUGCAGCGACCAACAAGUACAGAGUCGUGUUCAUUAGUACCCAUAGUAGCAAAAUGUUUUGCAAUAGAAAAUAAAAACAACUGUUUCCUAUUGGGAAAGUUCAGGUUGUCCCUCCCAAGUGCUCAGCAUAUGUGGGAACUCCUUCAAGACUGUUGGAAAAGUAUUCCAGGUGAAGCUGGUUGAGAGAAUGCCAAGAGUGUGCAAAGCUGUCAUCAAGGCAAAGGGUGGCUAUUUGAAGAAUCUCAAAUAUAAAAUAUAUGUAACACUUUUUUGGUUGCUCCAUAUGUGUUAUAGUUUUGAUGUCUUCACUAUUAUUCUACAUUUAGUAAAAAUAAAGAAAAACCAUUGAUUGAGUAGGUGUGUCCAAACUUUUGACUGGUACUGUACAUGUUAGUCUGAUAUUCUAAAAAGAUGCCCAUUGGAUUAAUAUAUGAUAUCCCACCCAGCAAGUUACCACAUUGGAAAGAUGGAGCAAGACAAACCUAAUUUGUUUCUGGCUGUAGUGUGACAAGCUCUCAUUUCUGUGAUUAUGCUUCCACCAUGUGGGAAAUAGAAGUAUAGCAGCCUACUGCUGUGGCACUGCAAUUAACUAGGACUCAGGGAUUCUUCUCUUACCAUUAUGGCUCCUCGCUAUCGGCCACACCAGUGUACACAGGGGAGGGUCAGCCCCGGCCCCUGUAAUCUCCCACAGACAUGGCCAUAGGCCAGCACAAUAAAAUAGGACUAUAUGGGAGCAGAGAGACAGACGGUACUGCUUGUGUCACAGCAGGGGAAGUUGGCCAACAGCACAUUAACCCAAAUCCAAUCUUUCUCAUGUAGACCGUUGUUCUCUGGAGACUCUGAAAUGGACCAAUUGGGAAAGAUAUUCAAGUGAGUAUGGGCAGAAAUCUCCUCUGCUGUAUCCCAAAUGGCACCCUAUUCUAUAUAGUGCACUACUUUUGACCAGGGCCUAUAGGGUGCAAUUUGGGACCCAGUCAUCGCCACUUUGGAUCAGUCUAACUUCUGUUGAUUCUUUCUGAAACACUUAUCUGACUGGUUGGCUUGUUCCUUCCUGUCUGCUAUUCCACAGUGUGAUUGGCCUGCCACCCGAGGAGGAGUGGCCUGCCGAUGUCACCCUCUCACGACACAACUUCAGUCCUAUCAGCCCACGCCCAAUCACAGACUACGUUCCUGAGAUCAAUGAGCAGGGGGCAGAGCUGCUUUUGGUGAAACUUUUUGGUUUUCUAACCAGCUGUGGGGUGUAUUCUGUUUGGUGGAAAAAAAACUUGGGGGGGGCGUUGAAAUGGUAGAAUUGUGAAUGUGAAUCGUGGCCAAAAGUAUAUUUAUUUACCCGGACCAACACCUGUAAAAGCUAUGAUUAAUGAAAUAAAGAUAUGGAGGUAUACAAGAUAGGACUUUUAAUUGCUACUUGAGUCACAUUUGUAAACCUAUCCGUUCUGUUUGUUCCCACAGAAAAUGCUAACCUUUGACCCUCUAAGAAGAAUCUCUGCCCUAAACGCUCAAGAACAUCCUUACUUCCAGGAGGAUGAGGAGGAAGUGACAAAUGGUUGAAAUGCAGUGAAUGACAUCGAAGGAUGGGACCGUGAGGAAUGGUAACCCUGACUCCAUUUAGGUGUAUAUUGUCAUUCAGUGCAUUUCAGGCCAGAUCCCUGUUGUGGUUCCUUUAUUUUAAAUGUUUAAUGUUACUACAGAAGCCAGUUGCACCCCUUUGAGAAUGUAUAAGAGUGGAGAAGUGGGGUUUGAGGACCAAUACGGAUAUGAACCUGAAGAAGGAUCGACUCUCCUCUCAUUCCCCAAAUGAAUUCCCCAGCCUGGUCUCAUAGACUAGACGUAAAAUAGUAAAUGUAAAAACGACACACUCAAAUUUGUGUGAUAUAUUACGUUUGAUAUGGUUACAUAAGACCGAUGGUUACUUAAGGCAAAAAUGAAAAGGUUGAGAGUUCAAAUCUCAUCACGAACAACUUAAGCAUUUGAGCUAAUUAGCAACUUGAACUACUUACUACUUUUUAGCUAC